AUGGCACUCAAUCUAGAGCCACUUCGUCCGAAGAUAGGUCUUACGAGAGAGCUACCAUACACCGGCCUACAUGAACAUCGACUCAAUUUGAAGAAGGAGCUAGAUGAUGACGAAUUGCAUGCACUUCCGGAGAGCUCAGAAGACGAAUAUACAACGUUUAAAAGCGGUGAGAAAAAGCAAGAGCAACCUAUCAAAACAGAAAGCUCGCCAAAGUCCCAACGCUUUCGCCGAGUCAGGAAGUCAGUGAUAGACUCACAAAAUAAUGUAAAAGAGGGUGAGAAUAACAGCAAAAAGAGGGAGAAUGAGGACGGUGAAAAUGACAUGAUGGCGUUAUUCAGUCAAUCUUCGAAACGGGCUAGAAAGAUAUAUCGCAACACGCAGAGUCAACAAACUAGAAAUAUUCACACAGAAUCUGGUACCGGUGAAAGUCAGAUGAACGCAGCACCACGAAACAUAUCACAGGAAAAGUAUACAAAAGUCGAGUUCAAACGGCAUUCCAAAUUGAAAUUACCAGCAUGCAAGAGCCAACCAGAAUUCCAUGUUCCAACCAGCCUACAAGGGAAUGAUUCGGAACGCUCAACUUCUCAAGAUGCAGCACCUUCAAAGAAAGCCUUCAAUAAACGGACACUCCAAUGCAAGCCACAUUUCGAAGCUCGUGGCUCGGUAGUGAACACAAGAUCGUCACGCAGCAAAGCACGACCCUUUGGCCUCACCGAUAUCAAUGCAAUGCCACGAAACAGCCAUAUGGAGGAUGCGAUAGAGACCGCCAAGACCAAACUUCAUCUGGACGACCAAGGAAAUCCAACUCCCAGAUUGGGUGAUGGCACAGAGAUCGAUUGUAACGAGAUUCAGAUUGUAGGGUGGCCUCUUGAAUCCAGUGAAGCCGCUAUUAUGCAAGAUGAUGCUAUUGAUGUUUCAAGCAGCGCCAAGUUGCAACCCAAUCCAUCGUCACUCACCGGAACAUCACAAUUAUCAAGCUUAGGCUCUCCACCUGACUCGCCAUCGAAAGCUCGAUGCCCUCUUUGUAAGACGCUGGUUGACAGGAUAUUUUUUGAGGGCUAUACUGGUGCUCGACGUCUGACACUAAAGGAACAAGCAGGAUUUUGCGCCGCCCACAAGAUCAAUGCAGCACGAUCCGAAUGGCAAGAGCGUGGAUAUCCACGAAUCGAAUGGGAUCGUUUGAAAGACCGAAUGAGCACGUACCAUCCUCAGAUAGAGCAAUUAUUGCGGGGAGAUAGACCAUCAUUCUAUCGCAACGCGCUGGAAGACAGCGUUAAAAGCGGAAAGAACAGGACACUGAAGCAAGCACUCGUGCAAGGAGGAGCGCUUGAGGGCUUGUCGCCCGGCUAUUACGGAUCUCGCGGAGCAAAGAUAUUUGUCGAAGACAUCAUCCACCGCUUUCAAUCAAAGCUGCGGCGCUUGGGGAGUCAUGAUCGUCUGCUCGCUGCGAUCGGCCCAUCUGGGUACGUUCAAGCGGUUCUGGCGCCUGAAUUAGCAGUGAUGCUUGUCAUGGACGAUAUGAAAACGGAUGAAGACGGAGCAAGGGCAAUCCUACGGGAUAGUGUGGAUAUCGGUAAUUUGUUAAAUGAGGAGGAAGACGAGAUCGUUCAGUGCAUUUCUGAUACCGAAGAUGCUUAA